AUGAAGUCCUUUAGCUUUAAUCAGCUUCUUUCUUUAUUUCAAGAAGAGCAACCACCGGACUUCAUUGUUUGGAAAUAUAGAAGAGAGCGAUUUUGUUCUGUUUUGGGUUCUAGCCUCAUCGGAUAUAACGAAUCUGAUCUGAAUAUCAUUUUCUCGAACUGGGAAAACUCUAUACAAUCAUGCAUAAACUCAAAUUCGAUAUCAAAACAACUUACAUCACUUAUUGCGAUUUCAGUAUUAACUUAUUUCAAGCGAAAAUAUGAUACUUUUGCAAAAUACUUUUCUUCAAUGCAACAACUAGCAGCAUCACAUGAACGGUGUGUUUGCCAAGCUGCCAUUCAAAUUGUUUGUUAUGCAGCGGAAGAAAAUAGCGAAAAUCGAAGUUUUUUACGUCAAAUGGUUGACUCUGCAAAAAACUGGCUUGAAUCACCAAACAAAGAAAAGCUGAUAUUUAACUCUCUUUACAUUCUUCAAGAAGUAGGAAAAUCUCUUCCGAAAGACGUUUUUAGCGUAACAACUAAGUUUUUUUUCCCAGAGAUAUGGGAUGCAGUAUGCUCAACAGAUUGUGAACUGAGAUAUUCCGCGAUUGCCGUUGCGGAAAUACACUUACAGAACAUGCCACAUCAUUCAUCAGAUCCAUUUGCAGAAUUUCAUUUCAAAAACUGCUGCAAUUACUUACAAAAGCGUACAGGACCUCUUAUUGGUCCGGUUCUCAGCUGUAGAACCCUUCUACAUGUAUCUCCAGGAGUUGUAAAUAUUCCGACAAUGAUAGAAUACUUACAUUUAAUCAUUCCGACAGCAGAUCUUGAAUUAGCUAAGGAAUGCUUUGAUUUCUUGAUCGAAAUUGCAAGCGAACCAACAAAUUUCUCAAUACAAUUAACAAAGAAGACAAUUAUGCUUCUGAGGAUGGCAAUAAAUCGGUUUCCCGAAGAAUCGCUUUUCCUUAAGGAUAUUUCUGAGUUUAUUAUGAGAUUAAACAUGGAUCAAAGUUUAAUUUCAUCAGUCGUUGAUUCUAUUACAUUAAUUGUACAAGAUCAGAAUCUCUUGUCACUACAUGAACCUGCUUUCGACGUUCUUUGCUCUUUACUUAAGAAAUAUCCAACAUAUCUCGUUUCGGUUUCAUUAUUCCAGAAUGCACAGAUAUGCCAUGGAUAUAUUGCAUGCCUUGCACUACAAAGAGCUCAUCUCCCAGCGAUAAAAGACACUUUGACCGAACAAUUUGCGGUUUUAUUGACAACUAAGACUGCAAACGAUUCCUUGAUCUGCAUUGAGAUGAUUUCGCAAUUUGGAAGUCAGUUGUUCGAUGAAUUGGACGUUGUUUAUGAAAUGACAAGUCAUUUCGCUUAUUCUGAAGAUCAAACUGUCAGAAUUGCAAUGGCGAAGACACUACCGAUCUUUAAAUUGCAUGAAGCGAAUGAGCUGCUCCAUCAUCUUGCAAUUUACGAUAAAUCCAAAGAAGUUCGUUUGGCAGCUCUAAAUCAGCUGUCAAAAUCGGACAAUUUCCCACAAAUUACGCAACUCCUGUCUGAUCCAUCAUACAAGGUACGCGCUGCUGCUGUAGAAAGAGUCGCAGCAAUGGUGGAAACGAUGCCUUUCAUGAUUAUUCCACAAAUUGUUGAUUUUCUGAACAAUUUCAUCAUAUCAAAUAUCUGCUACCUCAAAAAUACAAAACGCAGUGCAAAAGCGAGCUCUUUACUCCCUGCAUUAGCCAAAUACUUUACUCCUUACAAUUUACCAUCGAUUCCAUUAAUCGGAUGGGUUUGUGUACACUUCCUACUUAAUGGGCAUGAGUUUCCUGAUACGAUUCCUACUUACAUUAGGUCUAGAAAACAAUCAAAUGUUAUGGCCCAAAUAAAAGCAAGUAACGCUAAGGUCAUGGACAUCAGAGAAGUCAUGCAUAAAGAUUUCGUUAACUUUUCCGAUGCAAAUGAAACAGAAAACCGUACAAUUAUUUAUUAUAUCGAAAAUGAACGCUGGAUUGAAUCGAGAGCAGCCUAUUUGUUCGAGACAUUAGGGGUAUUAAGUGAACAGCUCCAACCUUACAUUUUCCAGAUUAUUCCAGUUUUCGAGAUCUGUUUCAAAGAAAGACAUACAGACAACGUUUACAUAACUGCCCUGAAAUCCUUGGAAAAGUAUGUUCUUACAUUUAACCAGAAACUGAAAUUCCUUACUUUAUUCCCAGAUUUGGUCACUUCACUUUUACUUCUAUUAUCAAAUGGUGAUUGUUCCAAGAAUGUUUGUGUCCUCAUACUGAAGACCGUUUCUUUAAUUGGCGUCGUUACAAGUCUCAAGCACCAAAUGACUAAUGAAAACGCCGUUGACCACUUAACAUCAUUCCGACAGCCAUCAUUCUUCACUCAGUAUGUCAUGGAUGCAUUAGUUCCAUUCCUUAAGUCACCAACUCCACAAUUAUUUGAAGCGGUUACAACAAUCUUAGCUAGAGAGACAAGAUUUGCCAUCAAAUACGUUCCUGUUGUCAUUGAAUCCUUUAUUAGAGCCAUUUCCACAGAUCACGACCAUCAAUUAAACUUAUUAUUUGGUCAAAUCGAAGUUAUUACUAUGAACUGCAGUUCAGUCAUGUCCAAAUCUCUUGACAAACUACUUCCUGUUCUUAAAUCCCACAUUUCGCAUAUCAGUUGUUUGAGAUGUUGUGUUACAUUAAGUUAUGAGAUGAAAAGUGAAUUUACAAAUGCUAGCCAAGUCUUGUAUCCAUUGGCAUUGCAUUUAAUGUCAAGUGAUGAUAAAGAUUUCAUCAAGAUUGUUCUUAAAUUCAUCAUUUUCACUAUAAUUUACCAACACACAUCUGUUGACUUGUUUUUAGACAAAUCACAGUCUAUUAUCAACCUUACUCCUAAGAGCAAGCGCACAGAAAUCAUUCUCAACAACAUUUCCAUGCUUGUCCAACAGAAAAAUAUCGAAGCAUACACAUCAAGAAUUGCACAGAUCUGUUUAUCUCUUUAUUCCGUUGAUUUUUCGAAAAGUUUGCAAGAACUUUUACAUAACCUUAUUUUAUUUGGUAAUCUUAGUUAUUCAGUUGUUGAGCAGAGUGUUGCUUUCAGCUGCUUAACACUUCCACAUCUUAAAGACACUAUUGAAGUUCUCCACGACGGAAAGAUCAAUUUCCAAACGAUUGAUUGGAUCAAAAAUCGAAAACCUGUUUUAUCUAUCGAUCAUUUGACAAAGAUCAUGUGCAGUGCAAAAGUCAGCAACCACGAUGUUUUCAAGACAUAUCCAAGUCCAUUCUUCAACAACACAAAGAAGUGGAUGGAAGACUUGUGCAGCCAUUUAGUUACACAUUCACCAUCUGUUUCUAUCCAAUGUUGUUCGAACAUCAUCAAUCAAAGCGAAAGUUUACGUCGAGAGAUCUUCCCAAUUGCGUUCUUAAGUUGCUGGAAGAAUGCGACUAUUCCAGAUCGUAAUGCGUUUUCCAGUGUUGUCCAAUCAAUCAUACAAAGCUAUGAUCAAGUCGAACCAUUGAUUUUCGAUUUGAUUGAGAUAUUGGACAAAUGCGGAUUUUCAUUCCACAUUGAUGACAACGUCAUCAGCCGUGUCUCCAAAUCAUCUGCUCUUUCAUUGUAUUUCCUUCAACGAUAUGUCCGUAACCACCCAGAAGACAAAGAAUCCGUUGAAGAUCUUCUUAAACUGUCCAGUCGUAUGGGCUUUCGAGAUUCAGCACGUGGUAUUUUGACAGUUAAGAGCGAUGUUAUUGGAAGUGAAGCAGGUAAAUGGAAUGAAGAGUUAGGCGAAUGGGAGAAAGCAUUGGAGAUAUACGAGAAAGGUGGAACAGAGAUCGAUCAACUUCGUUGUCACGCUCAUUUAGAACAAUGGAAUUAUAUCAGAGAACGUGAAUAUUUAUUCCAAGAAAUGACCGAGGAACAGAAAAACGAAAACGCUAUUUGGUUUGCAUGGGCAUUUUAUCAUUCUGAUAACUUUGAAAAAGUUGCCCAAUAUGUUAAAUAUUUCAACAAUUUCAAUCACAAUCAUUUGUUAUUCCAAGCCAUUUAUUUAGUUGCAUCAACACAAUACGACUCAGCUAUUAAACACAUUUCCAAAUGCUUCGAACUAUUGACCGAAAACAGAGAAAUCUAUUCAGGAGCAGACUCAAACCAAGCAUCAAAAAAUCUUGUUUUUGCACAGCAUUUGACAGAAUUGAGUGAAGUCAUUGAAGUCAAGAAGAGCGGUGUCCAAUGUGUUCCUAGUAUUUGGCAGCAGCGAUUGCACUCAUUCUCUAAUGAUUCCGACAGCUGGACUAAGCUUAUUGAAGUUCGAGGUUUGUUGAUUACUCCUCAAGAACACAUGGACGCUUGUCUUAAACUUAUUUCAGUGUUGCGUAAAGAACGAAAGUGGCGUUUAAUCGAUGCCUAUUUCGGACGUUUGUUCCCUAACAUUUUCCACCAGAACAUUGCUAUUGCAUACUUGAAAAUCAUGUGGACGCGUGGUGAGAAGACACAAGCUAUCUCACUUAUCAAAUCACUUAAUGACAUCAUCCAAGGAAAUUCUAGUAUUGAAGUUCCUCAACGCCUCCAAACUGUGAAAGACGAGAUCCUUAAAUCAGGUGUUUCAACAGCAUUUCGAGCUCGUGCAUUACGUCUUCAAGCGACAUGGGAAUACCAAGUCUACAAAGCACAGACUGCAUCUAGUGAUUCAUUGACAGAUAUCAUCAAAACCUUCAAAUCCUCACUUAGUCUUUUCUCAGGCGAUUACCGUGCAUGGAGUGGCUGGGCAUAUGCAUCAUCACGUGCAUUAUCACAUAAACCAGAUGAGCGUCAGUUGUAUGCAACCGAUGCUAUCACAGCAUUUCUUAAAGCUACUCAACUUCGCCCAUCUGAAUCAUUGGAGUUUUUGUGCCAAUUGUUCUCUAUUUUAGUUCGAUAUGGGGAAGACAUUGUUCUUCCCGAUGACGUUAAGAAAGAGUUAGUUUCAUUACCCGCUGCCACUGUCCAUUUAAUUGUUCCUCAAAUUGUUGUCCACAUUGCUCACAAAGACGAGAAAGUCCGUUGCCUUGUUCAAGAGAUCAUUUGCAAUUUUGCUGAUGAUCACUUCGAACCAGUUGUUUAUCCACUUAGUGUUUUGAGUUUGCUGGAUGACCAGUCUAAAUCCCCAACCGCACGAUCUCUUUUGGAUAAACUUGGCACGAAGAACCAAGUCUUAUACAAAGAUUUAUCCGUUUUCAUCAAAGGCAUGCAACGCUGUGCCAUUUCAGCUGUUGAACACUGGCUCACCGCAUUAGAUUGUGCUAUCAAGUACCACAAGUCAGGAGACACAGAAAACGUCGUUAAACUUAUCGAGCGUGAGUACGAGAACCUUUCUAAACCACAGUGCGAACAAGACAAAAUAGUUGCACGCGCAUUCACUGUUCAAUUGCAACGUGUCCGAGGCGCAUUCGACCGAUACAAAGCAGGCGACAUUACCGUUAGCAAAGCAAUGUGGGAUGGUUACCGAUCUAUUUUCACCAAGCUGGACGAGCAGAUGAAACAUACAGAAGCUAUCCAACUUUCUAAGAAUUCACCUGAGUUGGCGAACCGUCAUGGGUAUUCAAUGUCAGUUCCAGGCACAUAUUCCGUUGAUAAAACUGCUCCUAAGCUUUAUUCCGUUGGUGAAACAUUGACCGUAUUUGCAACUCAACAACACCCUCGCACCGUUGAGAUGACUGACGAAACAGGGAAGACAUGGAAGUUCUUGUUGAAAGGGAACGAAGACUUGCGAUUGGAUCAGCGUAUUAUGCAAUUUUUCAACCUGAUCAAUUCUCUUUUGAAAUCUAACCGUGUUACGUCUAAACAAGGGAUGUCCAUUGCUAUGUACGCCGUUGUUCCAUUUGCACCUAACGCAGGCUUGAUUUCAUGGGUUACCGGUGCAGACACAAUGCAACAGCUUAUUUCCGAUUACCGUAAUAUGCGAGACAUUCCAUGUGGAUUGGAGAACGACAUUGUCAACAGCAUUUCUACUAAUUUCAACCAACUUAACGCACUCCAGAAAGUUGAAGUUUACCAGGCAGUUUGCAAAGGUUCAUCAGAUGGCGAGUUACGUGAAACUCUUUGGCUCAAAUCUCCAACACCAUCAGCAUGGGUUGAACGUAGUUAUCAAUUCACAGUUUCUACAGCAUUGAUGUCCAUGGCAGGUUAUGUUAUUGGAUUAGGUGACCGUCAUCCAUCCAACAUCAUGAUCCAGCGUCAUACAGGUCGCGUCAUUCAUAUUGACUUCGGAGACUCAUUCGAAGUUACACGCCAACGUCCCUUGUUCCCCGAAUUAGUUCCAUUCCGACUUACACGAAUGAUUAUUUCUGCAUUAGAUGGGGGUUCUGUUGAAGGUCUCUUCAAGCGAUCUUGCGAGGACAUCUUGUAUGUCAUGCGAGAACAGCAAAGUCCUCUUAUUUCGCAAUUGGAAAUCUUCGUCCACGAACCAAUAUUUGCAGGCAAUUCCGGCCGAGCACAACACAACACACUUUCACGUGUUGCAACUAAACUGAGCGGCACAGAUUUCAUUGAUGCGGACGAAGUUGGAGUUUUCAUGCAUACAAAUGAACAAGUUUCUAUGCUUAUUAAAGCCGCAAGUGAUUCUACGCGAUACAUUAGACAUUUCAUUGGCUGGUGUCCAUUUUGGUAA